CAAUGAAAGUCUAGGCGAUAGUUCUUUAGUUUGCGGUUGUUAACGCUCCAAUACGGUUUGAUGAGAGUGAUACUUUUUGUUUGGGUUUUUAUAGGUGAUUUAUUUUGAAUUCAUCAUGCCGGGCGAAAUCGACAGAAUAAGUGAACUUUUCAAAGAUAAAAAUGUAUUCAUUUCUGGAGCAAGUGGCUUUUUGGGAAAAAUUCUUAUUGAAAAAUUACUUCGCGUCACUGAAGUGAAAACUCUGUAUUUGUUGAUUCGGCAGAAGAAGAAUAAAUCACCAAAGGAUAGACUGAUUGAUAUAUUCAAUCAUGUGCUGUUUUCGACCCUAAAAAACAAGAACCCCGAUGUCUUCAAGAAAUGCAUCAUUAUACAAGGAGACGUAUUGGAAACCAACUUAGGAAUCAUAGAGAGCGAUAGAAUUUUAUUACAAAACAAAAUUGACUACAUUUUUCAUUCAGCGGCAACUACAAGAUUCGACGAAACGUUGAAGUAUUCUGUACAAAUCAACACUGUGGGCACCAAAUACAUGUUGGAUUUGGCUAAUGAGUGUAAAAAUUUAAAGUUAUUCGUCCACAUAUCUACUGCUUUCGCUUUUCCCAAAGAGCAAAUACUCUACGAAAAAUGCUACGACCCUCCAGCCGAUCCACAUGAAAUAGUUAAGGCUAUUUGCUCGAAGGAAAAUCCUUUUACUGUAGAUAUGGAACAGGCGAUGCUAGCAGAUUGCCCCAACACCUACACAUUUUCCAAAUCCUUAGCCGAAGGCUUGGUGAAGGAACAAAUGGGCAAAUUGCCAGUUAUCAUUGUGAGGCCAUCUGUUGUAAUACCUACUUAUAAAGAACCAAUCCCUGGAUUCUUCAACAACCUCCAGAGUCCGAUGGGAAUAUUUGUUGGAGGAGGAAAAGGCGUUAUUAGAAGCGUCUUUAUGGAUAGUAAGGCCAGUGCCAAUUUGGUACCAGCUGACAGCGCUAUCAAUGGUAUUUUGGUGUCUUCGUGGGAUUAUUUAACAACCAAACAACAGCAAGUAUUCAACAUUUCAAUACCCCACGAAGACAUAAAGAUCAACUGGGAAGAAAUUAUUGAAAUCGGCAAAGAAGUAAUCAACACCAAAGUACCAUUCAACGGUAUCAUUUGGUACCCAAAUGGUAUAUUGACUAAAUCAAGAUGGUGGCACAAUUUCAAUAUAUUCCUUUUUCAAAUUAUACCCGCAUUAUUUCUUGACUUUUUGUUGAUUUGUCUUGGAUAUAAGCCAGUUUUGCUAGGAAUAAACCGUCGUUUGCUCAAAGGUCAAGAGAUGUUUGAAUAUUACACAACAAAAGCUUGGAAGAUUGAUAUGAAAUAUUUUAUGAGUUUGAGAAGAAGAAUGAAUGAAAUUGAGAAAAAAAAUUAUCAAGUUGAAGCUGAAAAUGUUAACAUAGCAAAUUAUCUAAAAGAUUGUUUAAUGUAUGCCAGAAGGCAUAUUUUUAAUGAAACGGACGAUAUGAUACCUGCUGCAAAAAGGAACAUGAAAAUAUUCUUCGUACUGGAUAGAAUAGUUAAAAUUGGCUUUUUUGUCUUGGUAUUCUACUACACUUAUACUUUCUUAUUUAGAUCUAUUUAAUAUUUCAGUAUCUAAUAUUUUGCUCAAUUUUGUAAGUUUCUUUUGUGAUAUCUUUUCAAUUAUUUUUUUCUUUGGAUUUUUAUUAGGUACCUAUUUAAGGAACAAGAUAAAAUUAUUUUUUAUUUUCAUUUCUAUAUUAAAAUAGUUAUAUUCGUUUUAGUCUAUUGUAUUUAGUCUCUUUUUUCUGAGGUGGUACUUCUUGUUACUUCACAAUAAAGUAGAAAUAAAAACCAAUCUAUUGUAUGAUGUACUUUAUUAUUUAUUUGGAAUAUGGAGUAGUUGCGUACAGUAAAUACAUGCGGGGCUCUUAUUCUUACUAGGAAGUACUUGUAAUAGCCGUAAUAACCCGCAAGAGUGUCGCUGCAAGCUGCCAUCUGGUAUUUUUCACCUGGAAAUUAAUUUCGAGGCUUUUUCAGACCUAAAAAUAGAGACUGCGACUCAGGCGAUGGCCAUUUUCUUGUAGCGAUCGGCUUCUUGACGGCACGUCCAUGAUUUGAAACAGAUGGAUAGAUAUUGGAAGCUUCUGAGUUAUGGAUAUUAGAUUUCAGGCUUUCUGUGAGUCCAAUCCAAUGUCGGUCCUUCCACUGCGAGCUAAGGUCUGUUGUGUCUCAUUCCAAGUUUAUAUUUCCCUGAUUCUGGUGAUUACCGGACACGUGCAUAGGACAUGUUCUGCAGUUUCGUCCUCUUCCAUGUACAGGCAACACCCAACAUCUUGUGCUAUUCCGAUUCUGUGCAUGUCAUGCUGAAGUUUGCAGUGUGCAGUGUACAGACCCACCAGGGCUUUGAGGGUGUUCCUGACCAUUCCUAGUGUGUCUGCCACUUUUCUCCAUUUAGGGACGUACGAAGGAUUUUGCAUGGGUAACCUCCCCCAGUAUUGUUUGGCCUCUAUAUUGGCCCAAAUCGAGAUUGCGUGGUUAACCGUUCUUAGGGCUAUCCUCAGGACUGAUGGUUCCGGUCGAAUAAAGUUAGGUUCAGAUCCUUAUGCUAGUUGAUCCGCUUUUUCGUUACCUUCUUGUCCGGUAUACUACAGAUCCGUAUGUUUCCAUUGGUCUGAUGACCAUGGUGCAAAUCCAGUGGAUUUGUGCCCCAAGUCUUUCCACAGAUUCUGCGGGAGUUCUAAAGUUCUUUGCCUCGCUUCAGGGAUAUAGAAUACCUUUUUAGCUGUCUAGCUUGGUGGUAUAUGGUUGUACGCAAGACUGGCUCAGAAGUACGAAUGGUACCAGAAUCCCAUCCGUUUUGUAACAGAGCAGGUAAAAUGCCAUCCUCCGUUUUGGAUAUUACUUUAUAUACACUAUACAUCUUAGAGUAGGUAUAUAGUAACUCAAUUAUGAUUUUGCUACUUAACAGAUGAUUUCAAUCUAAUAUAUAAAAUUCUGUCGCAGUUUUAGUUACCUUCGUCCUCCGAAACGGCUUUACCGAUUUUUAUGAAAUUUUAUAUGUAUAUUCGGUAGGUCUGAGAAUAGGUUUUAGGCUAUGUUUUAUACCCCUAAGUGAUAAGGGUGGUCCACCCCAAAAAUUUUUAAUUUUUUUUUGCUUCUCACCACUACAUAGCCCAACUUAUUUUUGUUUGUAACCGACGUCACAGUAUUAUCUUAUAGCAUGUUCGGCUUUACUGCUCCCAGAGCGCUCUCUAUUUGGGCGGCGACGUACAGAUCUCUGCGGAAAUGCUCCGAAAGCG